UUAUCGCUGGACAUGAAAUCAUUGGUAAAGUAGUCGCCAAAGGUUCCGAGGUGAUAAAAUUCAAUAUCGGCGAUCGCGUUGGUAUUGGUUGUCAAGUUAGUUCAUGCCAAAAAUGCGAAGAGUGCACAAAUGGAUACGACCAACUUUGUCCGAUAAAAACUUUCGCCUAUAACGACGUAUGGAAAGAUGUCAACGGGAAUGUAACAGGAUACCGAGCUCAUGGCGGUUAUGCGGACAGAAUUCGCGCACAAGCCGAAUUCACUUUUCAUAUUCCAAAAGAAAUCAGUUCUGCCGAAGCUGCCCCAUUACUUUGUGCUGGUGUGACUACAUUCACGCCGCUGAAACACCAUAAAAUCGGGCCGGGAAAAAAGGUUGCAGUUUCUGGAAUUGGUGGCCUUGGACAUUUGGGAAUUCAAUGGGCUUCGAAAUUAGGCGCGGAAGUUACUGCUAUAUCGCAUAG